ACACAAAACCCAUUUAUGUCAACACAAUCCCUGCAAAAGCUGCUCAAUAGAGUAAGAGAGAACCUGGGUAAUGAAAGGAAUUGAGUGAAAGGGAGACAUUCCAUUUUUCAAGCUUCAACUGCUUCGGGUUUUGCCGUUUGGAUAUGCCUUCUUCACUACGUCGUCGCAUGCCUCCCGGGGUUUAAGACAACACUAGAAAUGAAGAGAGUGAAGGAGACUGGAUGGAUUAUAAUCAGAUAAAAUUGUCCUCCGAGCAUCCGGAAAGCUCUUUCCCUGUCUGGUUCUCCCUUUGAAUCAAUGUGUAUCUUCGGUGCAUCUUUGCCCAUAUAGAUGGAUUCUCACCAUUAGCUAUUCAGUGUGCUUGUGAUAGUUGGGGUUUCUUUUCAAGUAUUCUGUGAUAUGAAUAUUAUCAAGCAGCUUCUGCCCAUUAAAUCUGGGUUUGGUGGUGCCAAAAACCAUUGUAGAGCAUCCCUUUCUUCCCUCUUCCAUUCAUCCCCUGCUACCACAGUGGAGGUUCAUUCCCCAGAACAGGAAGUAGUGAUUGCUUUGGGAAGCAAUGUCGGUGACAGGCUUAAUAAUUUUAAUAAAGCGCUAAAAUUAAUUAAUAAUUCUGGCAUACACAUCACAAGACAUGGUUGUUUAUAUGAGACAGCACCUGCCUAUGUAACUGAACAGCCUCGUUUUCUCAACUCCGCGGUCAGAGCUGCAACAAAGCUUGGGCCAAAUGAACUGUUGGGAGCGCUUAAGAAGAUUGAAAAGGACAUGGGUCGUACUGCAGGGGUAAGGUAUGGGCCAAGACCAAUUGAUUUGGAUAUAUUAUUCUAUGGAAAGUACAGAGUACACUCUGAUAUUCUAACUGUACCCCAUGAAAAAAUUUGGGAGAGACCAUUUGUUAUGGCCCCGUUGAUUGAUUUAUUGGGAUCAGAUGUGGACAAUGAUACAGUUGCUUGCUGGCAUUCUUCUGCAACAAAUUCUGCUGGACUUUUCAAAUCAUGGGAUAAUUUAGGUGGUGAAUCCCUGAUGGGAAAGGAAGAAUUAAUCAGAGUUUUACCAAUUGGAAAAUCCUUUUUACACUGGGCAGAGAAAACUUAUGUCAUGGGCAUUCUUAAUUUGACCCCAGAUAGUUUUAGUGAUGGAGGGAAGUUCCAGUCUGUGGAGGCUGCAGUGUCACAGGUGCGCUCAAUGAUUUCAGAAGGGGCAGAUAUAGUUGAUAUCGGUGCACAAUCAACAAGACCAAUGGCAUCUAGGCUAUCCCCUCAGGAAGAAUUGGAUAGGUUAAUUCCUGUCUUAGAAGCAGUUGUGGAUAUGCCAGAAAUGGAUGGAAAGUUUAUUUCCGUGGACACUUUUUAUUCACAAGUUGCAUCAGAAGCUGUCAGGAAUGGGGCUCAUCUUGUAAACGAUGUAUCUGCUGGUCAGUUGGAUCCUAGCAUGUACAAGGUUGUCGCUGACCUUGAGGUCCCUUACAUUGGUAUGCACAUGAGAGGAGACCCAUGUACAAUGCAGAGUAAUGAGAACCUACAGUAUGGUGAUGUUUGUAAAGAGGUUGCCUCUGAAUUAUAUUCUCAGAUUAGAGAUGCAGAGUUAUCAGGUAUUCCAGCUUGGAGGAUUAUCACUGACCCAGGAAUUGGAUUCGCAAAAAGAACUGAACAUAAUUUGGAUAUCCUCAUGGGGUUACCAAACAUACGGUCUGAGAUUGCCAAGAGAAGUUUGGCCCUGUCUCAUGCUCCUAUGUUGAUUGGACCUUCAAGAAAGAAAUUUUUAGGUGAAAUUUGCUCUCGCCCUGAUGCAACGGACAGAGAUCCUGCAACAAUUGCUUCUGUGACUGCUGGGGUUAUGGGAGGUGCAAAUAUUGUGAGAGUACAUAAUGUUAGAGGUAAUGUAGAUGCUGUGAGGCUUUGUGAUGCAAUGCUGAAAAGGAGAAGAUCCAUUGUGUGAUUCCAUUACAUCAUAUCUUUUUUCUUUUCCAAAGACUCCAGCUGCCAGGUUGUUUGCUUCCGUUUCUUCCUUUUCGAGUUGAGGCCUUGAUGGUGUAACUCCAUAAAGCUGCCAUGUGAAAUGUAGAAUACAUGGUUUCAGGAAUCCUGAAGAACCAUUUUCUUAAUAUGAGUUUGCUGAUAUAGAACAUUUUUUUGGCUGAUUCAGCUGAACAUUAUAGCCCUGAACUUUGUGUGUAAUUCACUGCUUUACUGCCUUGCCUGUAGUCAAGUCUACCAGAAUUUUCAUCCUCAGUUGAACC